AUGACUUUCGCAAAAGUAGCGCUUUCAUUCCUUUUACUGGCGUUCACGUUGGCUUUUGGGCCGCAACCAAGUUUUGCUAGGAUUUCAAAGAGGCAAAGUGACGACUUCGAUUUGGCUUAUGAUGACAACGAUUUUGUGCCCGUGAGUCCUUGUAGCGUGCAGCGUGCUGGCGAUCCCGAUCUUACCAAUUAUGAUAUCAUCUCUUCAUAUCAUUUCGAUGACUACUAUCAUCAGUAUCAGGGUGUCCGGCAAAUAGUCGGUUCGUCUGGCUAUCAGACGGCCUAUCAUUUUGAGGAGUACUCCAAUAUGACUAUCGAGUCUCGGCAAGCAUUCCCGAAAGGUGUGCCCGAUGCAUUUUCUUUUGAAUGCACGUUUCGUGUACCCGAAUACGAUCCGCCAAAUGAGUUACUCUUUGAGCUCUCAGAUUACAGAUAUGAGUCACAAAUGAGUGUAAUCAUGAAUCCGAUUUAUAAUGCUCUGGAAUUCUCGUUACCCAAAUAUGAUGGUUCGCUACAGACGGUCACAUUUGAGGAACUCGAAAUUUUCGAUCAUUCAUGGCACAAAGUUAUGCUGGGCGUGACUCAAGAUGCUGUGCGUCUUUGGGUCGAUUGUGAGCCUGUACCAGAUCGAAAUGGCAGCUUGCAUACACCGCUUGACGUGCGUAGCCCCAUCGAUUCGACGGAGGGUGUCUUCGCGGUAGCACGAGAUUGCAAGACUAGAAGCACUGUGCCGAUUGAUUUGCAAUGGAUGAUCUUUAGCUGUGAUGUUGAUAAACCUGAACGCGCAACCUGUGAAGAUAUACCUAAAUACGCGAAAGCUCCCAAAGCAUUGGUGGAAAAAGAACCUGUUCCCACACCACGUCCGACACCUCGUCGUCCUGAUCUAACAUUCCUCACGACCAGCACUUAUCGGCCCUCCUUCUUGAGUUCCACACCUUCUGCACUGCAGGGCCAGGAGCUGCAUGCAUGUCCCGAAGUAUGUCCAAGAGGACCACCAGGCCCGCCAGGACCACCUGGUAUACACGGUGUACAGGGACCUCCAGGUACGCCUGGCCAAUUAAGUCCGUAUGCCAAUCAAUUGGAUGGCCGCUUGAGUAAAGGUGAGAAAGGGGAGCCAGGCGCCGUUGGCUUGCCUGGCGUAACAGGUCUAGCAGGAGAGCGUGGCUCGCCAGGAGAACCAGGCUAUAGUGGAUUACCGGGUAUUAAAGGAGAACCUGGAGAUAUAGGACCUCCUGGACCUCCGGGACCACCAGGAGUUCUUAUAUCAGGCGAGGAUAGUGAUUCUUCAAGUAGUGCAUCUAGAUUACCAGGACCAAAAGGUGACGUUGGCCUAACCGGUGUCAUGGGGCAAAAAGGAGAGCGUGGCUUGCCAGGUUUGGACGGCAGUACGGGUGAGCGCGGUGAAAUUGGACUGCCAGGCGAGAAAGGCGAACGUGGCUAUCCAGGUCCAGUUGGACCACAAGGACCACCUGGUCCGCCCGGUGAGUCUGGCACAGUGCAAAAUGAAAUUAGAAAUAUAGAAGAGCGUGAAAUACGAGAAAUCUGCUUAGCUGUUGUAAGAGAUUAUAUCAGCGAAAUCUCUUCGACACUGACGGGUCCACCUGGGCCGCCAGGUCGACGUGGUUACGGACGUCCGGGACCACCAGGUAGUCCAGGCAUACAAGGCGAACCUGGUCUUCAAGGUCCGCAAGGUGAACGGGGCUACCCUGGUCUUCCUGGUAUGCAGGGACCACAAGGUGAGACGGGAUCUCGGGGGCUGGAGGGCCAAAGGGGUGAUCGUGGCGAAGAUGGCGUAGGUCAUCCAGGCCAAAUGGGUCCACCUGGCCCACAAGGACCUGAAGGUCGUUGCGUGGAUGGUUUGCCCGGUAGACCCGGUGAACCUGGCGUGCCCGGUGCACCAGGCGAACCAGGCGGUCAUGGACCACCUGGACAGCCAGGCGUGUGCCCGGACUGCAAUGCUUAUCAAGCAGCAUAUGCCUACCCACUGUUGCUUGCGCAGCAGCAACAGAAUAAUAAAGGUCCACCGAAUUACUACAAUAAAGGACCACCAGUGAAUUAUUAUAAUAAGGGUUAA